AUGGUCGACCCUUCGCUUUUUGCGGGAGUCGAGAGCCUUCUCCAACAAGCUCAGAAAGAUGACUUCGCUUUCCUUGCACUGAUUAUCUUGACGGGAAUCUUCUACAAUGUCUACAUCAAAGAGAAACCUGAUCCGUACCACCAUGUCUGGUUCGAGAAGCCGCAGACAGCAGAUGCAAAUGCCAAAGGAGCAGAUACAAGAGAUAUUGGAGUGAAGCUUGAAGAAAGUAAAAAAGAUCUGGUCAUCUUCUGGGGUUCUCAAUCCGGGACAGCAGAAGGCUUCGCAAACCGCCUGGUACGAGACUGCCGAAGCCGAUUCGGACUCGAUGCUCUUUCAGCAGACCUCUCAGACUACGACCCCGAGUCCAUCUCCAACAUCCCCUCAACCAAGUUAGCCAUUUUCAUCAUCUCAACCUACGGCGAAGGCGACCCCAGCGACAACGCCACCCAAUUCCUCUCAUGGCUAGAUACAAACAAGACUGUCCAGUUCUCUAAGCUGUCGUACGCAGCAUUCGGGCUCGGAAACAAGAAAUACAAGUUCUACAACAAAGUGGUGGACGUCGUGGUUGAGGCUCUCGAUCGCUCGGGGGCAAUAUCCCUGCUCCCAGUCGGUAAAGCAGACGAUUCAAAUGGCACAACGGAGGAAGAUUUCACAGGGUGGAAACAAUCUCUCUUCUCCCUCUUCCGAGGGACUUUAGGCUUUGUGGAGCGGCCAGCACAAUAUGAGCCAACCCUAAAAGUUAUCGAAGACACGUCCCUAGAUAUCAUCGACCUUCACCUCGGCGAACCCAUCAAAUCGAAAACAGCAAAGAAAGGCAGCACACAAACGUCGCCAAUCCAACCACUGCCUGUAAAAACUGCCAAGAAGCUGCUCGCCACCGAGGAAAGAAAUUGUCUCCACCUCGACCUCUCCCUCCACGAUUUCCCAGAAUUGAAAUACAAAACGGGCGACCACCUCGCUGUCUGGCCUUCAAACCCAUCCUCUGAGAUAAAUAUCUUGGUAUCCGCACUGGGACUGCAACUAAGAACGGAAACUCCCCUGUUGAUUCAGGGUCUCGAGUCUGGAGUGAAAGUCAAGGUUCCCUCGCCGACAACAUGGCAAGCACUCUUACAGCACUACCUCGAGAUUUCCGGACCCGUACCACGAGAAACCGUCCUCUCACUGGCACAAUUUGCUCUCGAUGAAUCGUCAAAAGCCACUUUGAAACAGCUCGGCGAGGACAAAGACGCCUACCACACCUAUUGUUCAAUGAACCACGUUACGCUCGGUCGACUUCUCACCUCCCUCAAUCCCACCCCUGGAGCGUGGUCUGGAAUUCCAUUGUCAUUUAUCCUAGAAAGUCUCCCAGUCCUCGCACCUCGAUACUACAGCAUCUCAUCAUCCUCCAUCGUCUCGCCAAAGACAGUAUCGAUCACAGUCGCUACAUCCUCCGAACCAUCACCCGGCCAUUCUAUCUGCGUCCCCGGAUUAACGACAAGCUAUCUCUCCUCCCUCGAAUCCCACACCCGCUCAAUCACCAGCACAGAAUUCACAUUCCCAUCAGAUUCCCAGCUCACACUCUACGCACAAGUGCGAACCUCCAAAUUCCGCCUCCCGACCCUGCCAAAACACCCCAUUAUCCUCGUCGCUUCUGGCUCUGGCUUGGCUCCCUUCCUCGGCUUCCUUGACGAACGAGCGCGCCUCACCUCCAUCGGACGAGAAGUCGGUCAUUCCCUCCUCUUCUUUGGAUGCCGCUCUCCCUUAGAAUACCUCUACAAAUCCGAGCUCGAAGCGCUCCAAACUUCUAGUCAGGAGAUUGAAGUCGUGAGCGCAUUCUCAAGGGAGGCUGGUAAGGAGAAGAAGUAUGUUCAGGAUAGAGUAGAGGAAAAGGCAGAAGAGGUGUGCAGGAUGCUGGUUGAGGAGAAUGCGUAUUUUUAUAUUUGUGGCAGUGCGAGUAUGGCAAGGGAUGUUAAAGCGCGUGUUGAAGGGAUGUUGGGGAAGAAGAUGGGCUGGGGAGAACAAGAGGUUCGAGAGUGGAGUGAGGGGUUGAGGAGAGGAAGGCGGUGGCAGGAGGAUGUUUGGGGAUGAGUUUGAUAUAAGAGUAUUAUUUUUUCGGAUUUGUAGAUAGAGGUGUUAUUCAAUGUUAUUGAG